AUGUCAGCCUGGACACAGACGCCGCUAUGGCUGCUGCUGCAGAUCGCGCCCAUCAAGAACGAGCGGGACCUGGUGGUGCUGUUCCUGCUCACCUUCCGCGACAUCACCGCCCUCAAGCAGCCCAUCGAGGCCGACGACAGCAAAGGAGGCCUCAGCAAGUUCGCAAAGCUGGCGCGGUCGGUGACGCGCAGCCGCUCCGUCCUGGUGUCGCAGUUUUCGUCGCACCUGCCCAACCUCAAGGACACCGCCAAGCAGUCCCACCUGGCGCACAUGAUGAGCCUGAAUGCGGACGUGAUGCCGCAGUACCGCCAGGAGGCGCCCAAGACGCCGCCGCACAUCCUGCUGCACUACUGCGCCUUCAAGGCCAUCUGGGACUGGAUCAUCCUGUGCCUCACCUUCUACACCGCCAUCAUGGUGCCCUACAACGUCGCCUUCAAGAACAAGACGUCCGAGGACGUGUCGCUGCUCGUCGUCGACUCGAUCGUCGACGUCAUCUUCUUCAUCGACAUCGUGCUCAACUUCCACACGACGUUCGUCGGCCCCGGCGGCGAGGUGGUGUCCGACCCGAAGGUGAUCCGCAUGAACUACCUCAAGUCGUGGUUCAUCAUCGACCUGCUGUCGUGCCUGCCGUACGACGUGUUCAACGCGUUCGACCACGACGAGGACGUUUGUGGGGACAGAAAGAGUCCUGUUGUGAAUGAACUGACACUGUAA